AUGGAACGAUUAUUUAAUAAAAAACUAUUCUGUGAAUCUUCACAUCCAGAAUUUAACAUUGUAUGGGUCUGGCGCAGUUUUUUCGAAGGAUAUUCCAUGAUUGCCAUGGCAGUUGUUCUUUGUAAUUCUAUAUUAGGACUUGCUACUACUGCGGUGUAUAAGUAUACAGAUGCAAUAAUUAAGACCUUCAGUACAGCUUGUGCUACUGCUGUUUUAUUGUUUUUGAACUGGAGCUUGUUUAACCGUCCAACAAAUUUAAACGCUGUCUUGGGUGCUGUAGUGAUCUUUAUAUCGGCUUACAUUUACUCUUCUGCUGGAACCAUCCCACAGUUAAAUCAAAUUCAUGCAUCGUCAAACGAUCCGCAGAAUAUCACUGAUGGCGUUUCGAUGGAUCUAGAAAGAAAUGUCAAACCCAAACGACAAUUCAGAAAAAGUUUGCUAUUUUUCUGCCGAAGUCUGCUUAUUGGAGCCGUUAUUCUAACAUGCUUAUCUUCAAUUAGUUAUUUUUUGUUGCUUCGCCAAUAG